AUGGAGAAGUUUGCUAGGCUCAUUUCUAUGACUCCUUUGUUUGCGCUUCUUUGUUUGCCUUUUGCUCUUGCUGGCCAUGACUAUAAUCAAGCUUUGAGUAAUAGUCUUCUCUUCUUUGAAGCUCAAAGAUCUGGUUUCCUUCCCCAUAACCAGAGAGUCACUUGGAGAGCUAAUUCUGGUUUGAAUGAUGGCAAGGCUAGUGGGGUGGAUCUGGUAGGAGGGUACUAUGAUGCAGGGGACAAUGUGAAAUUUGGUUUGCCAAUGGCAUUCACAAUUACAAUGAUGUCCUGGAGCAUAAUUGAAUACGGGAAGCAAUUGGGUUCAAGUGGCGAACUUGGUCAUGCCAUCGAUGCUGUUAAGUGGGGAACUGACUACCUUAUUAAAGCUCACCCUAAACCCGAUGUUCUUUAUGGAGAGGUUGGUGAUGGCAACACUGACCACUACUGUUGGCAAAGACCAGAGGACAUGACCACUGACCGUAGGGCUUACAAGAUUGACCCAAGUAAUCCUGGGUCUGAUCUUGCUGGUGAAACAGCCGCUGCAAUGGCCGCCGCUUCCAUCGUUUUCCGCCACUCUAACCCUGCCUAUGCCAAUGAGCUCCUCACUCAUGCAUAUCAGCUAUUUGAUUUUGCAGACAAGUACAGGGGUAAAUAUGACAGCAGCAUUUCUGUGGCCCAAAAAUAUUACCGCUCUGUUAGUGGCUACAAUGAUGAGUUGCUAUGGGCAGCCGCAUGGUUGUACCAAGCAAGCAACAAUCAGUAUUACUUGAACUAUCUUGGAAACAAUGGUGAUUCAAUGGGAGGAACUGGAUGGGGCAUGACUGAAUUUGGUUGGGAUGUCAAGUAUGCUGGGGUCCAAACUCUUGUUGCCAAGUUCUUGAUGCAAGGCAAAGCUGGCAACCAUGCACCAGUGUUUGAGAAGUACCAACAGAAGGCUGAGUACUUCAUGUGUUCAUGCCUUGGAAAGGGUACUCGCAAUGUUCAGAAAACUCCUGGGGGUCUAAUUUUCCGCCAGAGGUGGAACAACAUGCAGUUUGUGACCAGUGCUUCAUUCUUGGCUACCGUCUACUCUGACUAUCUUGCUUCUGCUGGUAGAAACUUGAAUUGUGCUGCUGGCAAUGUGGCACCAUCCCAGCUUCUUGCUUUCGCGAAAUCUCAGGUGGAUUACAUUCUUGGAGACAACCCAAGAGCUACAAGCUACAUGGUUGGUUAUGGAAGCAACUAUCCACGACAAGUUCACCACAGAGCUUCAUCAAUUGUUUCCUUUAAGGUUGACCCUACAUUUGUUAGCUGCCGUGGAGGUUAUGCUACUUGGUUUAGCAAGAAAGGAAACGAUCCUAAUCUCCUCACCGGUGCCAUUGUUGGUGGCCCUGAUGCCUAUGACAACUUCGCUGAUGAAAGAGACAAUUAUGAGCAAACAGAACCUGCUACCUACAACAAUGCUCCUAUUCUUGGUUUAUUGGCUCGGCUAGGUGGUGGUCACGGAGGGUAUAACCAGCUCCUUCCAGUGGUGGUUCCAGCUCCUCUUAAAAAGAUACCAGCCCCACAUCCAAAAGUAACUCCAGCACCAGCUUCAACUUCUGCUCCUAUUUCCAUAGCACAAAAGAUGACAACAACAUGGCUUGCCAGCGGAAAAACUUACUACAGAUAUUCUACUAUUGUGACCAACAAAUCUGCUAAGGAACUAAAGGAUAUCAAACUUUCAAUAUCUAAGCUUUAUGGUCCUCUGUGGGGUCUGACAAAAUCAGGAAAUUCUUAUGCUUUUCCAUCAUGGAUUGGCUCUUUGCCUGCUGGAAAAAGUCUCGAGUUUGUCUACAUUCAUUCUGCUUCUGCUGCAGACGUCUCUGUUUCAAGCUACACUUUGGCCUGA